AGUGCAGAGGCCAAAUGAGACCCCUGUGAGUCCUCUAUCAUUUGGUUUCAGGAUGGUUCUGGUGGCCCCUUGGUUUGCAACCCUGAAAAUGGAUCAUUUAUGCUUUACAGCAUUGUCAGCUGCGCUGUUUGCUGUGCCAGCCCAAAGAAACCAAGGUUCUUUGAUUUCAAGGGUGAGGAUUUUCAUGGACUGGGUAGGACUGCUGAUGAAAGGACAAAAAACUGUCAAUGCUCCAAAAAUGCCCAAGCAGAUGAGCUCGGAGUUGUCACAAGGCAUAGAUGUCACUCUUACAGAUUGGGAAGGAAUGAUUCAGCCAUUGGGAUACCGCGUGAGAUACACAAAUGCCACCAGGUCAGGAAACUGGAAGCAUGGAGGUUGCUCACAAAGUGAGGAAGCUGGGGGUGCACAAGGAGUUAUGAGGGGACACACACAGACAGUGGCAAGGAAUCACCCCACUUACCUGGCUGGAGGUAACCUGGGACAGCUGGCCUGUGCUAUGGGAGACUCCUGGGGACAAAAUAUUGAAGAUACUAACAUCUGUGAGAGAGUUACAGGGGCAACUUUUAGCACAGGAGAUUCUGGGUGGCCACAGAUCUGUUUGUUUGACAGACACAACAAGCUGGUCAGUAUUGCAAUCUGAGGCAGUGACAAGUGUCAUCCAGGGUCCCUAACAGUCUGCACCAGGGUUUCUGCCUUCAGACACUGGAUUUCACCAGUCACAGAACAAAAUAUUUGA